GUUGGCGGGAGCGCAGUGCGCCUGCGCCGUCCGUCCCCCUGGGCGCCUGCGCGGUCCCGGCCGCUCCCUCUCCUCGGUGCGAAGCGGCGUCCCCGCCCUCCCCGACGGGUGGCCAUGGCCUCCAAGGACAAGCAGCUGUUCGACCCGCUGUCCUUCGGGAAGGACCUGCUGGCCGGCGGGGUGGCGGCCGCCGUGUCCAAGACGGCCGUGGCGCCCAUCGAGCGGGUGAAGCUGCUGCUGCAGGUGCAGGCGUCGUCCAAGCAGAUCAGCCCCGAGGCGCAGUACAAGGGCAUCGUCGACUGCCUCGUGCGGAUCCCCCGCGAGCAGGGGUUUUUCAGUUUCUGGCGUGGCAACUUGGCAAACGUGAUCCGUUACUUUCCGACGCAGGCUCUGAACUUCGCUUUUAAAGAUAAAUACAAAGAGAUUUUCAUGUCCGGCGUCAACAAGGAGAAGCAGUUCUGGAGAUGGUUCGUCGCCAACCUGGCCUCCGGAGGCGCGGCGGGCGCCACUUCCAUGUGCGUGGUGUACCCGCUCGAUUUCGCCCGCACGAGACUGGGAGCCGACAUCGGGAAAGGUCCCGAAGAGCGGCAGUUCAAGGGUCUGGGCGACUGCAUCAUCAAGGUGGCGAAAUCGGACGGGAUCGGCGGCUUGUACCGGGGCUUCGGGGUCUCCGUGCAGGGCAUCGUCGUCUACCGGGCCGCUUACUUCGGCGCCUACGACACCAUCAAGGGGAUGUCGCCCAACCCGAAGGAGACCCCCUUCCUGGUGUCCUUCUUCGUCGCCCAGGUGGUGACCACCUGCUCCGGGAUCCUCUCUUACCCCUUCGACACCGUGCGGAGGCGGAUGAUGAUGCAGAGCGGGGAGUCGGACCGCCAGUACCGGGGGACGUGGGACUGCUUCGUCAAGAUCUACCGCCGAGAGGGGCCGGGGGCCUUCUUCCGGGGGGCCUUCUCCAACGUCCUCCGCGGCACCGGCGGGGCCCUGGUCCUCGUCCUCUACGACAAGAUCCAGGACCUCCUCGACGGCGACGGCGGCGACGGCUCCCCGGCCCGGUGAGAGGCGGGCGCGGGAGGGGG